ACCGACGAAAUCAAAUUCAUUUAUUUGCACAUCACCCUGUUUGAUUGAUUUUUCCAGAGAUAUCCAGAGAAAAUGGCGAGCUCUAGAUCAGUUGAGGAAUCGGUUGCAGCUUUAAGUAUCUGUGAAUCGCAUAAAGCGACUCGGAUUUUAAUGGCGGUGAACGAGUCGUCCGUCAAAGGAUAUCCACAUCCAUCCAUAAGCAGUAGAGGAGCAUUUGAAUGGACUCUCGAGAAGAUCGUUCGUAACAAUGUUACUGGUUUCAAGUUUAUGUUUCUGCAUGUUCAGGUUACUGAUGAAGAUGGGUUCGAUGAUAUGGACCGCAUUUUUGCAUCUCCCGCGGACUUUCAAGCCUUGAAGAAUAGGGACAGGAAAAGAGGGCUUCAUUUGCUGGAACACUUUGUUGAAAGAUGUCAUCAGAUUGGGAUUUCCUGUGAAGCAUGGAUCAAGAGUGGUGAUGCUAAAGAAGUGAUUUGCCAUGAGGUGAGGAGAGUUAAACCAGAUCUGCUGGUCGUCGGAUGUCGUGGUCUUGGUCCUUUCCAGAGGGUGUUUGUUGGAACAGUGAGCGAAUUCUGUCAGAAACAUGCCGAGUGCCCCAUUAUCACCAUCAAGCGCAAGGAAGAGGAUAUGCCACAAGACCCUGUUGAUGACUAAAUGUUUCCAGAUUGUUGUUAAAACAUUUUAAGAGUGAAAAGUACAUAUGAGUAAGAGAGUGAAAACAAAUGAGAAGUGAACAGAAUGGUUUUCAAAAAAAAAGCGACAAAGAUGACUAUUGUAUAAUAUUAUAUGUAGUGUAAGAAAAAUUAUCUGUUCUUCAGAAUGCACUUGCUUUUGAUUGUUCAGCAAA